UAAACGUCAAGUCUUCGAAAGUUUCUUUAACUUUAUAAAUUCUUGUUUUUCUAGUUUUCAUGACGUAAAAAAAACUGUUAAGCACAAGCCAUUUAAAUUUAAGGCCUUAUAUAGUAUGAGGAUUUCUUGAAAUAGCUGUGAUGUAGGACUUAGUCUAGUUGAAAAAGUGGUUUAGGAUGGUUCCUCAGCAGCAGAGACGGAGGCGUAGGAGAGCGGCUUUAUCUAGGACAGCAGAACGUCGUGUGGUUGUAGUGCGAGGAGCUGGAGGCUUCGGAUUUACGAUAGCAGGGCAGAGACCUUGCGUUGUAUCUGCUGUAGCAGCUGGUGGACCUGCGGAGAGGGCCGGCCUGCGCGCAGGCGACGCAUUAUUAGCCGUGGACGGGGCGAGUGUGGCUCGAGCACCUCAUGCAUCAGUCGCCCGCCUUGUCGCAUCAGCUUCAGGGCCGAUAGCUUUGAGUGUGGCGCCGCGAGAGUCAGCGCCGACUGACACUGAAGACACCGAACCUGAAGAACGAGCUAGGACGAGACGCAGAUAUCCACCGCCGCGACGCAGGCCACAACCAGCAUUGCUUCAUCAUCCAGGUUGUCACGCUGCCCCAAGUACAUCUGGAGUGAACGAAAUCCUGCAGAAUUUGAGUCGAGCACAGCUCACCCCAAACUAUAUCGCUAGACUGGAGUGUCGCGCGGUCGUGGGAUAUCUGGGGACCAUCGAAACACCCCAGGCAUCAGCGACCGCCGCACCUGGCAAUGUUCGGAAUGCAGUCCGCAAGUUACGCCAAGAGAGACGGACGGCUGCACCUGUGUUGCUGUCUGUACUUCCCAACGCCUUACUCCUCCGACGGCCAAAUACGCAGAUCCUAGCCCAGUAUCAACGGGAGAGGAUAGUGUACGCUGGAUCUGGGUCUGACGCUGAUAGAAGAUUCUUCGGUUUGGUCACAGCCGCUGAAGUUACCGACUUGGAGGCGGAGGCAUCUCAUAGCUGUCAUGUCUUCGCGGUCGAUCCGAGGACGGCAGACCACGAAGCUCACCUGGCAAGAGCGAGGGAGUUCCAGAUAGUGUGUACAAGGGAUCCUGUCGCCGAAAGGUGCUUGGAGUUCCCGCCAUCGGCUGAGUAUGUCGUCGGCGUCAUAAGAGGAAUGUACUCCCUGCCGCCCGACGACUGCUCCAGCUCCACAAUACAACAGAUAUCGAAAUUAGCUGUGAAGAGUGACAGUCCGGCGUUAGGGAACUUUUCGCGGGGCAAUCGCCCAGUUUUUAGGAUACCUCGCGAUCGACGACCGAGACAAGAGGAAGCGAGGGUUGAGCCACCGGAAUUCGUCGCCAACUCGCCGCAACCGAGCAACCACAGCGAAGUGACCACGACCACAUCUAGCAACAGUGAUUCCGGUAUAGGCUUCCACAACGACUGCAGGAAUAUAUCUGAUAGGAUACUCGUGGUCGACUUCGCCGGACAACAGCCGCCUCCGAACAGAUUCCGCCAAGAAAUACCCAGGCGGCCGAUAGGCUUGGUCGGGUGCAGCUUCGAGACCGACGGCUCAUUCCUCUCCAACACGACCCCGGUGGUAGACGGCUUCGGCGGUCAGGGGAGACCUUUGAAUUUGGACGACGUCAUCAUCAACGCCAACGACCUGACACGACACGUAAGCCCAAGAAACGAUGAAGAUACGUAUAAUUACAACAACAUAUACGGGAACGUGCCCCUCAGCUCGAGGAACCUGAACGGGGCUCUGUACGACCAGGUGUACACCGAGAACGAGGGGCAUUAUGAUUUCGUGCCGUCACAGCUGGACGUCGACGAAGUGGACAGGGUGGCGGAGACGUUCAACUCAGUGGAGAUUUAUGAAGAGAGGCAACGGGAUUACCAGUCGAACGAAUCUGUGGAAAAUGUCACGGUUAUAUCCGGGAUAAGUAAAGCCAGUGCGGACACGGUGUCCAUGUAUUCAUCACGAAGCCACGAGGAGGCUCGGCCGACCAGGCGAAGGCACCUCCAAGCCUCCCUGGACGACAUGCUGGUGUGUGGACUCAGAGACCCUCCGAAUGAUAAAGAUGAAGGGAAGUUCCUACAUCCGGCCAGUGUUAAAUGCAAGAUCCGGAAAUCGAAGCCAUUGAAUUUGAUAUCAAAGACGAAGAACAUGCUGAGCGGAAGGAGCGACAAGGACAAGAGAGAGAAAGACGCUAGCGAGGGAGAGAGACGGAGAGCGAUCAGCGCCAGCGAGGGGGACGUGUCAGGGGCGGGCGGAGCGGGGGUGGACGGGCUGGCCGGGGCCACCAGCGAGCCCGACCUCCGGGGACAGAGCGAACAGUCCUCCCCGUUCCGUCGAUGGACCACAGGAGGUGGCGCUGGCAGCUCUUACAGGCACCCAGACCACCGAGGUCUAUACAAUAAGCAAAUGAGCGAAGGUUCGGCGCCAGCCCAGUCUGGUUCCGCUAAGGGCGGCGUGGCUCGCUGGUCGUUAGGCCUGGAACAGCUGCUGGCCGAUCCAGCAGGGGCUGCAGCCUUCGCCCACUUCCUGGACAAGGAGUACGCCGCUGAGAACAUCCGGUUCUGGUGGUCGUGCGAGCAGUACCGCCUGAGUGGGGCGGAGGCCGAGCGCUCCGCCCUCGCAACUCAGAUCUGGCAGAGACACCUCGCGGACGGGGCCUCGGAUCCCGUGAAUGUUGACGCCGCAGCCCUGAGGGCGGUCAGUCUCAGGCUGCACCAGACUCCGCCGCCGCAAGAUCUUUUUCUUCAGGCUCAGAAGCAGAUCUUCAACGUGAUGAAGUUCGACAGCUACCCUCGUUUCCUUCGCUCGUCGGUCCACGCGGAGUGCGCCCGAGCUGACCUCCGAGGCCUCCCGCCGCCGUACGCACCAGAAAACAACAAGCUGAAGAAGACUUCGUCGAACGCGUCCGAGAGGCGGCGCAGCGGGUCGCUCCUGCCCUGGAGGACGAGGGCGCUGUCCAGGGAGAGAGACGAAGACGUGGUGAAGUCGAGUCAAACGAACGGUCAGUGUUCGUUGUGCCGCGUGGUGCUCCCAGACGGUGCUACGUCGGUGGUGGGGGUGGACGAGGAGGUCACCGUCAAACGCCUCGUGGACAGACUCCUCCAGAGACGAAACUUGGACUGCAACACCUAUGACGUCAUACUCGUCGAUCAGGCGGGUGAGGGUUCCACCGUCCCGUGUUCCGCUCCGUCGUCCCGCCUCGGAGGUCGCGUAGCGCGCGUGGAGCGUCGCGUGGUGUUACGCGUGUCCGUCGCCGGGCGGGCGGUCGCGGUCCGGUGUCGUCCGUCGCGGCGCCUGCGACACGUCCUGCGCCCCGUCCUGCAACGCUACUGGCCAGAUCUCGGCUCUCAUCGGGUCCUCUCCGCCGGCGUCCCCAUACACCCCGACACGCCAGUCGACGAGCUGGACGGGGCCAGGGUUCAGAUACUGGAAGACGACACGACCAGCACGCCGCCCGUCACCAUCACCCGCGACGAGGACGGAGACUCGCUCAGCGACCUGGCUCUCCGCCCCGACGACCUCGACGACAACCAGAGUACAAGUCGAAGUAGCGUCAGUUCUAACCAGACUGUGGACGUGACUUCCCUUGUGAACACGUCCGGUGUGAGCGGGGGCGGGGGCGGCGGCCCGGGCUCCAGGGUGAGGGCGGCGCUGCGGGCCGGCCCGCCACUACAUCAUCAUCCUCCUGAUUUCCUUGAAAACCUGCGCGAGACGCAGCGUCAGAGGCUCCCGGCGCGCACGCCGCCGCCGCUACCUCCUAAACCUCGAGCGCCGACACUCGUGUGACAAACACACACACAACAUGCUGGACACACGAAGGAAAGGACUGCCUCCUGCUGGGUGAAACACACCCACACUCGCGCGCAGACACCCACAUACACACACAGACACACGACAUGCUGGACACAUGAAGGGACUGCCUCCCGCUGGGUGAGACACACCCACACUCACGGACAUGCGCAGACACACACAUACACGCGCAGACACACAUACACGCACGCACACACACACACACACACAGGGUUGUGGAAGAUAACAAUAUGUACAUGGUACAUACGAGCUGAAGAAAUCGGAGCGGAUAUGACGUCACGAACACCUUCCCAAGAACCUUCCGCCGCUCCUUAGAUUGUUUUCACGACACGGACGUUAUCCGAAGCGUUGUGAUUCAACAUUAUAUCAUUAAAUUAAUGAUUAUUGUAAAUAAAUAUUAUAUUAUCUCAUUGAAAAUCUCCAUUUAGCGCUAAGACAUGUAAUAUAUUGAGACUUUGUAUUUAGUUAGAUGAAGUGCUGGAAUGAAUUUAAUAACUAGGAAAAAUGUAUUUAUUAAUCAAUGACUUCCAUACAAUAAGCUAAAUAAACAUUGCGUUAAUACAUUAAUAUACCUCAGAGAGAGCCGGAGCCAGGGCUGGCGAGGAGUUGGUAGCCGGCACACGUUUGAGAUAAAUAACUUAUUGUUUAUAACGUACUAUUUUGAUAAAAAAAAGAUUUAUUGAUUAUAUGAAUAAAGAUCGUAUAAGUA